AUGUUGCGGCGCGUGGCUUCCCUUUCUCCAUUAAUCUCCACCUCAAAAUCAACCUCACUUGAUCAGGCAGCUUGUGGAUUUAAGAUUUGGAGAUCAUUACUUACUACAGAGGCAUCCACUUUGUUACAGGUAAAAGAUGGAACUGCUUCAUUCAAAGAGAAAAAUCCAUUUAUAACUUUUGUCCUAGGUAGAUUUUUGAUUGAUUUGAAGUGUCCAAAUUUUAGUGCUCAUGUCCGAGUAACUGGUGGUCCUGGUAGUGGAAAAGGUACACAAUGCCAAAAGAUCGUCGAAACAUUUGGAUUUAAACAUCUGAGUGCAGGAGAGUUGUUAAGGAGAGAAAUAGAAUCUAACAGUGAAUAUUGGUCCCAGAUUCUUGACACAAUUAAAGAAGGCAGGAUUGUUCCUUCAGAAGUGACGGUCAAACUGAUCCAGAAAGAGAUGGAAUCAAGCGACAACUGUAAAUUUCUCAUUGAUGGUUUCCCAAGAACUGAGGAGAAUCGCAUAGCAUUUGAACAGUUAGAUCUGGUAUUCUGUCAAAUGAUUUUUGUGCUGGUUGUGGAGCAUGUAAUCAUGUUGGUAUUGAUGCAGACUGGACUUGAACCAAAUGUUGUGCUUUUCUUUGACUGCCCUGAAGAAGAAAUGGUAAAACGAGUGCUAAACCGCAACGAGGGACGGGUUGAUGAUAACAUAGAUACAGUCAAGAAACGUCUUAAAGUGUUUGAAAACCUAAAUCUUCCUGUUAUUGACUACUACUCCAAGAGAGGAAAGCUUCAUAGAAUCAAUGCAGUGGGAACAGAAGAUGAGAUAUUCAAACAAGUUCGCCCUAUUUUUUCUUCUUGCGAUUAUCCAUGCCUCUAUGCUUUUAAUCCAAACACAUAUUCAGACAAGGUGAAAAAGUUGGCAAACCUCAGUUUUCUCAAAGGAGUGAAAUUCUCAGCAAAAGGAUUAUUAGAAUUCCACCGCGAUGAACAUUUCUCAGCCUUGAGAAUUAAGCUUCUUUCCAGUCUACUGGUUUUGCUGGUGCAAGUACAUAUUUCAAGACUCUUCAACCCCAUCUCCCAAAAUUAUGAUCAUUCUACACUCACCAAGAAGGAACACAGGGGAGCUAAAACUAGACCAGAAACAGAAACAUUUCCACCAAAACCAAAAUAG